GCCACAAAUCCAAAUGCAAGCGCAUGCAGUCUGCACGAAAAUAGCUACUCUGAUCCUCCCUGUGAUCACUCCAAACCUCACACGCGCUUCAUUCUCUCCUUCCCUUUGCCGCCAGCCAGCCUCCAGUGAUCAUCUCUAGGUAGUCAUCGCCGUCGACGAAUUGAUCGAGCACGAUCGGAAGAUUACUGCUGAUAUAUCGAUGGCGUCGACGGACCCGCUGGAGGAGAUAUGGAAGCACGCCAUGUCGCCGGACAAGACGGACCUGCUGUGCUUCUACCCCGGCAAGAUCACCAUGAGCGGCAUCUGGACGGGGGACAGCCCGCUCGACUUCUCCCUCCCGCUGCUCCUCUUCCAGAUCAUCCUCAUCACCACCACCACCCGCGCCGUCGCGCUCCUCCUCACCCCGCUCCGCAUCCCGCGCUACAUCGCCGAGAUCCUCGCCGGCUUCCUCCUCGGCCCCUCCGUGCUCGGCCGCAUCCCCCACUUCUCCGACAUCGCCUUCCCCGUCCGCAGCCUCUUCAUCCUCGAGUCCAUGUCCCUCCUUGGCCUCAUCUACUACACCUUCACCAUCGGCGUCGAGAUCGAGCUGCACACCCUGCUCCGCGCCGGCCGCCGCAGCUUCUGGUUCGCCGCCGCCUCCGCGCUCCCGCCCUUCCUCGUCGGCGCCGCCACCGGCUACGUCGCCGUCAGCACCGACGGCACCCGGAGGACCGCGGACCAGUUCCUCAACACCCUCUCCUUCCCCGUCUUCCUCGGCGCCACCUUCUGCGCCACCGCCUUCUCCGUGCUGGCGCGCAACAUCGCCCAGCUCAAGCUCGCCGGCACCGACGUCGGCCAGCUCUCCAUCUCCGCGUCCCUCAUCAACGACACCUGGGCGUGGGCCGGCCUCACCGUCGCCACGGCGCUCGCGCACGUGCGCUACGGCAUGGUCCCGUGCGUCUGGACCAUCGCCUCGGGCUUCCUCAUCGUCGGCGCCAGCUACCUCGUCGUCCGGCCGAUGCUCCUGCGGCUGGCGGGUCGCGUGGCCGAGGGGGAGGUGGUCACCGAGCUGCAGGAGUGCUCGGUGCUCAUCGGCGUCAUGGUCGCCGCGCUCGUGGCCGACGCCGGGGGCACGCACGCCAUCUUCGGCGCCUUCGUGUUCGGGCUCGCCGUGCCCAACGGGCCGGUCGGCGUAGCCAUCGUGGAGAAGGUGGAGGACUUCGUGGUUGGGACGCUGCUGCCGCUCUUCUUCGCCAUGAGCGGCCUCCGCACGGACACCGCCAAGAUCACCAGCGUGAGCGCGGCGGUGCUGCUGAUGGUGGCGGCGCUGGCUGCGGCCAUCCUCAAGGUUGUGGCCGCCGUCACCGUGGCCGGCACGUUCGGCAUGCCGCUGCACGACGGCAUAUCCAUUGGGCUGCUGCUCAACACCAAGGGAGUCAUCGAGCUGGUAAUCCUCAACAUUGGGAAGAACAAAAAGGUACUACUAGUAAUCUUUUUUAUUAUUUUUCACUGCAUGCAUGUUCACUUCGAUUGGCAACAAGGCAACACAUGCGUGCAGAUCAUGAGCGACCAGUCGUUCACUGUUCUUGUGUUCAUGUCGGCGCUGAUCACGGCGCUGGUGACGCCGCUGCUGGCCAUGGUGGUGAAGCCGGCGCGGCGGCUGGUGUUCUACAAGCGGCGCACCAUCGCGUGGGCGCAGCCGGACUCGGAGUUCCGCGUGCUGGCGUGCGUGCACAUGGCGCGCGACGUGCCGGCGCUGCUGACCCUCGUGGACGUGGCGUCGCCCUCGGAGCGGUCGCCGGUGGCGGUCCAGGCCCUGCACCUGAUCGAGUUCGCCGGCCGCUCCUCGGCGCUGCUCCUGAUCAACGCGUCGGCGCCGUCGUCCUCGUUCGAGCACUCGACGCGCGGGCGCAGCCAGGUGGAACUGCAGUUCAAGCACAUCUCCCACGCACUGCUGGCCUACGAGGAGAACGUGGCCGGCGUGACGGCGCGCGCGGUGGCGGCCGUGUCGCCGUACGCGACCAUGCACGAGGACGUGACCGCCGCCGCCGAGGACCGGCACGCGGCACUGAUCGUCCUGCCCUUCCACAAGCACCGGUCGGUGGACGGCGGCCUGGAGAUGUUCAACCCGGCGAUCCAGCCGCUCAACCAGAGCGUCCAGCGCGUGUCGCCGUGCACGGUGGGCAUCCUGGUGGACCGCGGGCUCGGCGGCGUGCCGGGCGCCGGGUGCCGCGUGGCGACGCUCUUCUUCGGCGGGCGCGACGACCGCGAGGCGGUGGCCCUGGCGACACGCAUGGUGUGCAACCCGGCCAUCGACCUGACGGUGCUCCGGUUCGUCCAGAAGGGCGGCGGCGGGGGAUUCAUGGGCGGCGCCGCGGACCAGUUCGACGCGCUCAAGGAGCGCAAAGCCGACGACACGUGCCUGCGGGAGUUCCUGGACCGGGCCAACAGCAUGAGCGCCAACGGCGGCGGCGGCGCGGGGGUGGAGUACCGGGAGCGGGGGGUGUUCAACGCGAGCGAGAUGGUGACGCAGAUCCAGGAGGUGGAGGCGCUGGGGAAGGACCUCUUCGUGGUGGGCAAGCUGCCGGGGCUGCCCGCGCUCACGGCGGGCAUGGCGGACUGGAGCGAGUGCCCGGAGCUGGGGCCCAUCGGGGACCUGCUCGCGUCCAGGGACUUCCAGACGACGGCGUCGGUGCUGGUGGUGCAGUCGUACGCGAGGCCGUCUGCUGCCGGGGCAGCGAUGAUUUCAGGGGAUCACGGGGGCUAUGGCGGCGGCGACGGCGUGGGAAGGCCGCCACGACCAGAUCAUCAUAUCCGAAGGAAUAGCAUUGGGACGAUGGGGAGCUGGAGCUAGAGCUAGAGGAUUGGGAUUCUCUAUUUUUUGCUAAUGCAUCACGAUCUCCAAUGUGGA